ACGAUUAUUAUAUAUAAUAAUCAGAAAACUAUUAGAAGAUUGUAAUGGGUAAAAUAAUUAUUGAAUUAUACGUCCCUUCGUUACCAGUCGGUAAAGCGUUAACGUAGCGAGCAGUAGCGAGGUCUUUGAAAGGUAAGUGACCCGAGCUUCUCGCUUCUUUCGAUCUCGAAGAGACCCCGGUCGAGAUGUAUACAUAUGUUAGAAUUACGACAAAUACUACGACGGCUAACUCGUCUCUAGAAACCCCACCAAUUACGUUACAGGACAGAAGGUAACGCGACGGCGACGCACGGCGUCCUAGCGUCGCGCGCGCUCUGCGCUGUCGCAGUCGGAAUAGGCCGAGCAAAACCGAGAGAGAAGGAAAAGAGGAAGUAUGAACAACGAUAUAUCGUGUCCAUAGCCAUAGCCGUCAUUUGUAAGAUUCGAAUAAUUCCUAAGGACGCUCGCGAGAGAAUAAAUUUUGAAAAUCUGUAGAUAUGUAUAGGUAAGAGACGGACGGUUUUACCGAGCGUACCCAGCUCGCGCAACACCCCGAAUUCGCGGCUACAGCUCGUCGUCCGUCCAGCCCAGAUUCCGAAUCGAUUCUUCUGUACGACCAGCGUUCGCGUCACCAACGGUUUCACGUUGUCGAAAUAUGGGCUCGAUCGUUCUAAAAUCUCUCUCAGUCCUACUCGGUAUUUUUUUUGUUUUCGUCGGUACGAUGAAGCUGACUUCCCAUAUCAGCAAGGAUCUCCACAAGGACUUGAGAAAGGAAUACGUAAAAUAUGCAAAGGUGUUUCCUCUUUCUGGUACCCUGGACUUUAAAGUACCGAGCAAGUGGUACAGACGAGUUGUCGGAUCCCUCGAGAUCAUCUGUGGACUUGCGAUGGCGAUAGUGCCCAGCCACAAAGUAAAGAACGCAUCGAACGCGGUAUUGUUAUUGCUGAUGUUGAUGGCCGUGUACUCCCACUACAUGGUCAACGAUAAAUUCGAGAGAAUCGCUCCAGCACUGGUGUUCUUCUUCAUGCUGACAGGACGAUUGGUAAUAGACUGGCAAUUAAGACGAGAGGAUGCACAACCGGUAACGGCGAACGGAGUCGACGAUAAGACCAAAAAACAGGAUUGAACUUACGUGUCGAGACUGUACUUCGCUUUAAAUUGAUUACCGAUAAAAGAGAAAACGAGGGAGGAUUACGAUCCUUUUAAUUCUGAAGGGUCCACGAACGCCGAUGGAUUCGAUCAAUGUUCGAUUUCUCAUUUAUUAGUUGCGAAUGGUUACGCGACGAUCGAGUUUCGUAUUCAUUCAGCGUGCGAGGCGUACUUUUUGAAAGCAUUGCAACCAUUAAAACUCUGAAUCGUAAGCCUCGAACUUUGAACUUUGAACUUUGAAGAGUAAGAAUAUCGUCACGAUCGACGAUAUUAGUCUAGUCACCCUCAGAGGGCCAUGAAACACAAUUAGCUCAAACACAAGGUAUUAACUGCCAUUCGAAUUAAUGUGUUCUCCUUGAUAUCGUAUUAAGAUAUAUGUAUGUAUGUACAUGUCCUUAGAUGAUAAUUAACGAUAUUGGCAUUGUAAUGCACGCGCGCGUUUCCUUUCACUGUUUUCUUGUUUCUUUCCGCUUCUUCUUCUUCCUGAACAUGCACUUUUGUAGAGCCUGAUAAAACCAUACGGACAAAAAAAACGUGAAAACAAUCAAAAAGUAAAGCAAAAGUAAACCCGUUUAGUUCAUGUCAUCCAGCUGCGGCCUUAAGUAAUUUAGCCUUCUGCUCGCGUAAUCUGAUUUAAUAGUAUUUAUUUUGAAUAUUCUAAUUUUUGUGUCGACGGAGAUGAAGAUUUUAUCGAGAAAGUAACAUGAAAAUAAAAGUGAAAAAAGGACAGCACAGUCACACGUAUGAACAAACGUAUAUGUACAAUCUUUUUGAAAUCAUUCGUAAAUCAAGAAUAUUGUUCGUUCCCUGGGUGGUUCAUAUUUUUAGUACGUAAGAACAGCACGAAAUAUUUUAAAUACGAAAAAAACCAAUAUGUACAGUACUAAUAACUAGCUUCACUUACAAACUUUAACGCGCCUUAAAGGAUGUACGCGCGAAUACAAUUAUAAUAUAACGCUGAACAUAUAAGCGUAUAAGAAUUAAAUAACAAUGGAAACACCCAGUGCGAUUAGUUCUGUUUCUAUUUUUACCGAUAACUAUUAUCAAUUUUCGAAUCGCUUCUUUUUCGUGACAGCCACGAAAAAGAACAAACGCCGAUUCGUUUUCGAUUUUAUACGCGUACAAAGACGGAGUUUAUAUACUCAAAAGACAUCAUCAAUAUUCGGCGUAGCUGUAAUAAUGUAAACGUUUCAAUAAAUAACUUAACGUUUUUACUUCUA